AUGCCGAACACCAAAUCUCCCGCCACAAACCCAACCAUCAUACCCGACCCAUCUGCAAACGGUUCCACAAUCCGCAAAGCCUUCCUCCUAGAAGCCUUUGCAAACCUCUUCACUAUCCCUCUGAUAACAAACACACGCUGGACACUGUCCCUCCUCCUCAACAACCCCUCCAGCGACAUAAACCCCACUUCAAUCCUCUUCGCCCGUCUAUUCGGCGGUCUGGUCGUGGCCGGUCUAACAUCCGCUUUACUCGCAGGCGCCACCAAUACGCGCAAUGGUGUCGAGAGCCGAAGACCUACGUAUAUGCUCCUGGGACUUGGGGAGGCACUCUUGAUCCCGAUGAUCGUGUUGGAUUUGUUUGAGGGAGGGGGCCCGGGUGCGGCGCUGAGUAAGAAGGUUGCGGCGGCGAGUGUGGCUUGUUUGGUGCCGCCGCUUUUGUGGAGGCUGUAUGUACUUUUUGUGAGGCCGGAUUUGCUAGGUCGGUAUACGGAGGAGAAGACGGGUGGGGGUGGUGCGAGUAGGAGUGAUGGAUAUGGUGCUAUCAGUACCCGGGAAGACUAA